CUAGCAUUCGCUUGUAGUAAUAAUGAGCAGUUUGGUGUAUUCUAGGCUACUGUUUGUAAAGAGGCUUCCGGUAUUUUAUCAAGCAUGUAAGUGCUAUUCUAAUCUCGCCCAACCGUUCAUCGCAGUGUCCCAGAAAAUCAUCGCAGACGUGGAUGAGAUCGAAGAUAUCGAAAUAUACGGGAAUCUCAAGGAGAGAACGAAAAAUUUACUGCAGCAUCCGAGGCUCAUAGGCGAUAUGGAGUCUCCUAACACUACUCUAAAAGUUUUCAAAAUUUUGAACCCCAACGAACAAAAAUUAGAUCUAGUUUACCUGUUGGGAUGGUUAAUGGAAAUGUUAAACGGUGUUCUUAGCAUAAAAUCAGACUCCUUCCACGACAUACAAACGAGGAACAAUACCAAAUCAUGGCACACCGAUCGCACUUACAACAACCAAGUAUCCAACGAUACAGUCCUCAUGGAAAGCUACGUUUUCCUCCAGCUGAAAAAAUACUUCAGCACUCACAGGAACUACGUUAAUAUUCUGGAAACGUUCCACGAGGCCUUCAGCGAUUCUUUAGCCGGUCGUAACUUGGAAUUGAUCAGCAAAGACUUGGAAAAAUUCGAUUAUAACUUGCUGAAAAAUAUCGCUGAAUUGAAAAUAGCACCCAUGUCGUUCGAGCUACCAUUGAAAUCUGCCUUGUAUUUGUCGAAUAAUAGCCACAUUGUUUACACCGAAGAAAUCGCGGAUGUUCUGAAAGAUAUCGCUUUAUUAAAAAAAAUUAAGAUCGAUUACUUGGAUUCGUUUGGUUUGUUACCGGAACACUUUAAUAUUAAGCACGGGUAUUGUUCUUGGCUGGCGAUAAAAUCUCUGGAAAAAGUCGAUGGUGAACAGAAAGCCGUGUUAAAGGAGCAUUACGGUAAACUAGAAUCGGAAUCGAUCGAGAAGGUUAAUAAUGUAUACAAAAAUUCGCUAUUGACGGGUGAUUAUGAAAAAUUAAAGGGGAAAAUCUACGAUGACACCAAGGCGAAAAUCGAAAACAUUUCCCACGAGUUGCUUAGAAAAUCUCUUUUUUGUAUUUUAGAUAGAACGUAUUCGUUAAAAGCUGAUGAUAGAAUGUAA